AUGGCAAAUAUUCGACAAAGCUCUGCGGCACCUUUUCGAGUUCCUAGACCAACCCUCCAUUCAAAUGUGGAGGAAAUAAGCUCAACCCAAGUGGAUCCUAAUUCUAGGAAUCGUCAAAUACGUUGGAGUGAUGCAAUGGACGGUUGUAUGAUAACUGCACUACUGCAUGAAGUGUUGUCUAGUCACAAAAGAAGUGACAAUGGCUUUUCAUCAUAUCAUUUGUCCAAAGCAAUCAAGAGCGUGCACAAUGGAUGCAGAGUCAUGGUGUUUGAUAAGAAUGUGAGGGCGCGAUUGAAAACUCUGAAAAAAGAAUAUGUUGAAGUUCGUCAGUUGUUAAGCAUGAGUGGUUUUGGGUUAGAUCCUCACACUGGACGUGUCACAACCAAUGUACUAGCUUGGGAGGAGUUGUUGAAGAGCAAACCAGAAUUUGAAAAGUGGAGGACCAAAUUUUGUUCUCGUUAUGAUGAUUUGGAGGCUAUCUUUGGAAAUGAUUAUGCUACAGGAGAUCGCGCUAUAACCGACAAUGACAUUUUAUCCCCCGAUCAUGAUGAAAAUGUGCAUGAAGUUGAUAGUCAAAAUGAGGAUACGGAUCCAAGCCCCAUUCGCGCUCCUAAGCGUAAUGCAGAAGGAGGAGCUAACAAAGUUCACCGUCGCCGUACCCAACCUAAUGAUGAGAGUCUCGUUGCCCUAUCAAGCAUUGCCUAA